CAAAAUAAAAAUAGCCAUUUUGUAUAAACACUAGAAAAGUAGAAACUGUUUUCUCUAUUUAUUUAUUGGUGCUUGAUCAUCGCAAACGUUUUCUUAUUGGUCAGAAAUACAAAAUUAACCAAUAAUGGAUCGAAAUCGUUAAUUAUUUUCAUUGAUAAAUAGUUGACUCUCCACCGUCUCGAAUUGACACAAAUUUAUUUGUCAAAAUACUGUAUAAACAUAAUUGCCUUAAUCUCCGUUGUUUCUCUUAUGUUAUCACCUAUUUACCCUGAUUUGUUUUGUCUGUUUUAUAUAAUCCUUUUAAGUACUGAUCGUACUUUAAAUGUGUUACAAACAUACCUCCUUGGUUGCACAGUGAACUACGACCUAAUCCUAGCGUUACGUUCUUGACCUUAUGCUAUUCGUGGUUCGAUGCAUAUUUGUUGUGUAACAACGCCAAAAUUUAAAGAAGAAUGGUGCCAAGUUGCACAUCGUCAGUCUUUCCUUGAAGGCGUUAAUAAAAUCAUCAUCUUUAAACAAAUGGUGUUUCAGUGCGAUCUGUCAAAAUUCUAAUUGGAAUCGAAUUAAAAAUUCCUUGUUUUUGCAUCAUUAAGACUAGUCACUGUUGAGGACAUUUCUUACCUACAUAUUUGUGUGUACUCAAUAAAAAAGAAACGUUAAUCAGCGACUGUGCCAACAAAACCUUACAAGAGUAAGAAUCUCUCAAAAUGAGAACCUCAUAGUGAUAAGUAGUGAUUAUCACUUAACAUAAUCUAUGGUACAAUGAGUGAGGAGUUGAAAAAUGAGGGCCACAAGAAAAGUCAACCGCUGGCUGCCAACAACGAGGCAGCCCUACUGGGAGCUGAGUGUGGGACUCACACCGACAUCUCUACAAACACAUCACAGACUAAUGUCUCACAGGUGAAAUCAAGCUCAGCUCCAUCGGAGACCAACAAAUGGAGAUGUGAGCUUUGUACCUAUGAGAACUUUCCUCUCUCACGCAAGUGUACAAUGUGCCGCACACCCAAGCCCAGCCUGGGGGAGGACAUCUUCAAACUACAAGAUGGAGCGAGUGCUCUGCCCACGCAGGAAAUAUGUGGAGCUGAGGCUGUAGCGGAGAGACUGAAGCCUUUGCGUAUAUCGUCGCCCCAAGGACAGGCCGGAGCCUCCGCCGUCGCGAAGUGGUCCUGUCCUACUUGUACCUACGAGAACUGGCCUCGUUCCCUGAAGUGUGCCAUGUGCGGCGCUCCGCCCCCACAUGGACAUGUUACAGUCACCAGGCAUAACACAGGUUCUCUGGAGGGCGGCGGCACGGGGGCCGAGGACAACGCGCGGCGCAAGAGGAGACACGCGGACUGGAUCUGGCUGCAGGCGUGUCUCGGAGUGGUGGAGGGAGACGCGCACUGCGUGGAGGCCUACCUGUCAUCGGGAGGCGACCCAGCGAGGGCGCUCACACAUCAGGAGGUAGCGCUGCUCAACCGCGCCUCCGCCUUCGACGCCGGACACACGCUGGUACACCUCGCUAUACGGUUCCAGAGACAAGAGAUUCUGUCGACGCUGCUGUCCCGGAUAUCUGGCGGCGGACCGGGACUCAAGAGGUCGCCCUCGUAUGUCGCUCCCGAUUUGGCAACGGCUAUAAGGAGACACAUCGCGGGCUGCAUUCGACAGAAAAAGGGGAACUUCCCGUGUCGCUACAUCAACGAGUUCUGUACGUUCUCGCUCCCGGCCGAGAUCGAAGAGCUGCCGGGAGCGAUCCAGGAGCAGCUGUUCUCUGAGCUGUUGGAUCGGGACGCUCAGCACACGCUGGAAGGCGAGCCUCCUCUCAGUCGCUGGGGCGGACCUCGGCUACUUGCGCUGUGGAACCGCUCGGCCGGCGACUGUCUCCCGGAUGCCGUGUGUCAGGCGGCCUACGGAGUAUUCGACCGACGGAACGUGCUGCGGGCGGCGCUCGCUGACUCGCUGCAGAACGCCCAUCGCGCCUUCUACACACGCUGGGCGGCGGCGGAGCGACUUCAGGCCGCCCAGCUGCACUAUGCUCCCGAGGAGCCACAGCUGAGAGCGGAGUGGGCGCGCCUCGUGGCCGCAGCCGCCCGCCCCGGCACCGCCCUCCACCAGCUGCACGUGUUCGUGUUGGCUCACGUCAUGCGUCGCCCCAUAGUUGUGUACGGCGUUGACGUCGUCAACUCCUUCCGCGGCGAGGCGCUCGGAUACGCCCGUUUCCAGGGCAUCUACCUCCCGCUGCUGUGGGAGCCGGAGUUUUGCUCCAAGUCUCCGUUGUGCCUGGGCUACACGCGCGGCCACUUCUCGGCGCUGGUGUCCGUGGAGCCGUACUCUCAGCGCGACCACUACAUCUGCCGCGAACCUGCCGACGACGGCGAGGACGUCACCUACUUGCCGUUGACGGACGCUGAGGGCAAACUGCUGCCCGUGCACUUCCUCACCGUGGACGAGCUGGCCGCCGAGGAGGCGCUAGUGCGGCGCUGGACCGGAGCCCGGGGAGGCGCGGCGGCCGGCGGGGCGGGCGGGGCCCUCGCUGCCGAGCAGCGCCUGCACGCGCGGCCCCUGCUGCAAGCGCAGAUGCUGGAGGAGUGGCUCAACCACUACCGCCGCCUCGCACAGCAGACCCGCGCUCCGUUCCCGCCGCGAUUGCAAGCCGAAUUCUCCAGCGACGCUGACACGGACGACGAGUAGUCCCCUCCCCGCUUCCCUCCUCACCUGGUCUCUUUACCCCCCCCCCCUUCCCCGUCCCGUCUUGUUUAAUCGUCCUAUUUUACGCAGUAGUGGGACUCAUUCCUCGUUCGCCUUCCGUCUAGGCUCAGUUAUAUCGCUUAGAAUUCUGCGGCUUCUAAAUCGUAGGACGUAUGAACUUGAAAAAAAUUGUGAUAUUUGCUCAUUUUCUAUGAAAUUCUAAAAAUUAUCGAAUAUGUAAGGACCGUUAAGAUCGAUGAUAAGAUGUAGGACGUCGAGUUGGACCAUGAGUAAGACUAGCUUAAGAUGGACGCCGACACGCUCACACACACCGCUGACUUGUCCUUGAUGUUUAUAAUAGACAGAUACUUACCUUUUUAAAUAUUAAUGCUAAUCUAGAAAAAAUUUUGAGGCAUCCGCAAAUACAUACAACAUAUAUUUUAUAAAUAAAGUCGUCUGUCAUCUCACUGUAUGGUUUUAUAUUUUUAGAGUCGUAUUUAAUAUUUUGGUUAACUCCGGCUUUUUACGUGUCGUACUUGAAGCAUUACUGUCAUAAUAUUUUUUCGCGGCUACAUCACUAAUAUUAUUUAUAACUUAUUGUAGAUAGUCGGACACUAUGCCGGGCACACACGUUACUGUAUACUUGAGUAACUCCAGACUUGCACAAAUAAACUUAUUUCAGAGGUGACCACAAUCGGCUCAAAUAUGCUUGCACAAAUGGUAUUUCGGUGAUGCUUGUACAUGUGUACAUUCAAGAUGCGUACAUUCAUUCAUUAUGCUACGGAAAGGAAGUAGUUGCCUUUAUUUUAGCGACAAAAAAACUGAAAAUUCAGAAGAGACAGAAUUAUAUGAACUAAAGACUGGUUCAUUUUUUUUUGUCCUUGUGGUGAUAUUUUUUAGUUUUUAUUUGCCAAUGACAUGGCUUAUUCCUCUAUAAACUUAUUAAUACUUCUAUUAUAGCGAAAACUCCAUGCUCCAUGCACUCGAUAGUGUCAUUCAUUGGCGCGAAAGGACUUACACAUGUAGGUCGUUAAAGGUAGGUUGCUACCACACACGUUCAUGUAAAAUUGCGCGAACGCCAUAUUGCACAAGUUGGGAAUUGAAAUUUGGAACUCUUCAACAACUUGUGCAUGUCGAAUAUAUUGCACAGUAUUCUAGUACACGUUACAGUUUAUUUGUGCAAGUCCUAACUUGCAAUGUGUGGCCGGCAUUAAAUAGAUUUAAAUUUGAAUUUGCAACGGUUUUGAUCUUAAUCCAACGAAUGUUUUAAUAAUAAAGAAAAUUACAGUAAAAAUAUCAAAAUACUUAAACAAAUAUACUUAACUACAAGUCUCAGCAACAAAAAGUACAUUAUUGUAUUUAAUAAUUAUUUUCCCGAUGUGCUAAAAAUAUAAAGUAUUAUCAACAUAACCUCCGACGUGACCACUGGUUGGAACGUUUAUGUAAUUUUUUAUCUGUGCUCUUUAUAUACAUAGUUAAGACUUUCGUUGAAGUAUACUGCGCCUGUUCUUUUAGGACUAAUUAAAUGGAUGUAAGAAGGCAGAGUCUAUUGAAUUAAAUAUAUGACGACACUGUACAGAGAGUAUAAGCUAAUAUUUAUUAUAUUUUCGGUUAUUGUAAAUAGAUAAAAUUGUUUUUGUGUAUAUUGAUUAUAUAUAGUGUACAGGUCUCGAGGGUGUAGCUGGGUAUAGUAUCACGUAGGAAGACCCGUGCUACAAGAUCGCUUCUAUGGUCAAGUAUAAUGAUUCUUCUGAGUCUCGUUUCAUUUAUCGAAUUUUAUAUUUAAGAUCUAUAGAGUAAAUAUAGUUUGCUGUAGACGUACAUCGAACAACUUUAAUAGUCUAUAGUGAAUCGCACCGUUCCAGCUACAUUAAUAUUUUUGUUAGUUAUUUUUUUAUGCUUUGUUAGUUUCACAAAUUAUUGUAUAACUUCGGGAGGGUUUAUUAUCACGAGUUUUUAUUGUAACUGUUUGGUUUUGUUUUUCAUCAAGACGUACAAUUUAAUUUUAAAUUAUGUACUUCUAAUACCUACAAAAAUUAAUCAAUAAAAGCACUUACUUUGUGAAGCGUU